AUGAAAAGGGGUAACGAAGACGACAUUUACAAGGAACAUCAAGGGGAGUACAUCGAUAGACUAUGUGAGGUGUCACUGUCGGAGGAACAGGAGAAAGUUAGAGAUGUUAUAAUUGACUUCUGCAAGCAAACAUUAGUUGGUUAUCAAGAUGGAGAUAAGGCCAAGGUGUUUAUAGUUGAAGGUGGGGCGGGGACAGGCAAAAGUGUUGUUAUGAACACUGUAUUCAACGAGAUGCAGAGACUGACAAGGCAAGUCAAAGUGGACGGACUUAAAGACGAGGACCAUUACCUUUUGGUUAACCAUCCAGAGAUGAUCCGUUUAUAUUUGCGUAUUUCAAAGAGAUAUCCUUAUUUAAGGAAGGGUGAUGUUGACAGACCCACCAGUUUUGUCAAUAGGGCCGACAAGAAAGGCAAGGCAGGCGUGGUUAUCGUUGAUGAAGCACACCUUUUAGCAACUUGUAAAAAUUCGUGGAAAGGAUGGAGAUACGAGAACCAUUUAAUUGAAAUCUUGAAAAGGGCCAAAGCUGUUGUUCUAGUCUAUGACCAUCGGCAAUGUUUAAGGACCGACCAAUGGUGGGACAAGGACACCAUGACACAACUGCUCACCAGCGAGGGUAUCGAAUACAGCAAGGCCGAGCUGAAGGUCCAAUGGAGAAUGCAAAGUGAGGCUGUCUGUGAAUGGGCACGUAAGUUCUGUUAUGAGAAGGUGCAAGGAUGGCCCGUCAAAGAAGCCAAGGAAGCGGGCUUUGAUUUCCGUUAUUUUGACAAUGCCCAGAAGAUGUACGAGAAAAUCGUUGAAAUGGAUAAGAGAUGUGGUAGUAGCAGGAUAAUCAGUACAUACGAUUCACCAUACAGGAUCAGUGGGGGCAAGACGUAUUAUGUUGAUGGGCGGGGUGGAUUCCACCAGCCUUGGGAUAAAUAUGUUGGUGGGCCCGAUGUUCCACCAUGGAGUGUUAGAGAUACCAUCCAUGAGGUGGGGAGUUGUUACACCGUCCAAGGUAUUGAUCUCGAAUACGCUGGUGUUAUUGUAGGUAAAUCUGUUGUUGUUGUUGAAAAUCCUGACAAGAGCAUGCAUAUAGAGGUUGAUGUCUCUCAAUACUGUGAUAAUGCAGGGGUAGCGAAAAGGAACGGUCAAUAUCCAUCUCCGCGUGCCGUGGAAGACAUUAUUCGGAACUCACUCUAUGUGCUACUCACUCGGGGGAGGAAAGGGUUAUAUGUGUAUGUGGAGAGGUUUGCAAGGAGAAAAUAG